AUGGACGACGAGCAACCACCGAAACAAAUCUUCCACGAAGAUGUUGCCACAGGUGUACGUUGAAAAGGAGGUCAGACCCGUCGCUACAAAGACACCUUAAAGAAUUACUUGGAGCGACUACAAAUGGACGCGAAGGCCUGAAAAGACGUCACAUUAUACCGACCGGCCAGGAGAAGAGCGGUGAAGAUUGGAGCAGCCAUCUGCGAAGCCAGCUGGAUUGUCGCUGGAAGGAAAAGCUCGAAAGUCUGAGACGUCCCUGAUCCGCAACGCCAACUUCCAACCCCUCUCAACAUACCUGCCCUGUCAGCAAACCUUCAGCGCGCUAAUCGGCAUCGCCGGCCAUCUCCGCACUCAGUGCAUCAACUGCCUGACAACCACAACUGCUGCCUCCCCGACCGCUCCUGUCGCAAUACCCAUGGCGUCGACUACGACGACCACCCUCACCAUGGAUGUCCCACAUAAUUGUGUCCCCUUGCCGUCGAUCACUGCCAUCUCCAUAGUACUUGCUGCAGCCUCCGCGGCGACGGUGACCAUCAAAACUACUAUUCUCGCCAACGAUCAAGACGCUCUUGACGGCGCGUCAACCAUUACCCUCGCCAUUACCACCCCUACCUCCAGCGAUCGGGACUCAGUCUCAGUCUGUCCUCACUGA